AUGCCAAACGAGAUGACCACAUCCCUUAUCAAGAUAAGCCUAAAAUUAUGGGAACAUGGCCUCCAACACUGCCAGCCCGUCGAGCCUUCUUCACUCUGUAUAAAGCAGCUCCCUUUGCCAAUUCUAAAGCCCAUAUUUUCCAUUACUCAAACUCCAGACUCUAAACUCCAAUCUUCUAAAUCAUACCCAUCAAUAUACAUUUUUCUCUCGCAACUACUCCUAACCAUGUCCACCUCAAGUAAAUCAGGUAACAAUCCGCUCAUCCUCCCAACCAACCACUUUCCUAAUCUUCACACUUCAGUCCGCUCUCCGUCUGUCUCUUCGACUGCAUCUAGCAAUUUCAGCUCGAUCGAGAUGCCCAUGGGCUUUUUGGAGCUCACCACACCUCACCAUCACCGUUCUGACUCCACGGCCUCGUCAGACUCUUGUGACGGCUUUCUACAACUCACACCAACUGUUUCCACAGCUCCAAACCUCUGGGUCGCUGCUCAAGCAGGCGCCGAAGAAGCACAGUCCCUGGACUUGACCAACUCGGCCGAUAAUUAG